AUGGAGAUGGAUGCGGAUAUGGACGGUCCAGCGAUGGAUCAGGCCCAGUACGCCUAUCCACCGCCAGAAGAUGGACGAAAGCAACUUGAUCUAGUGUUCAUUCAAGACUGUACGGGCAGCCAGGGUAGCUACAUCACGUCUGCCACCAAGAAUAUCGAAGAGAUUUCGCGCGCCAUCUUCGAGUCGGGCAAACUCGUGUAUCCAGAUGAUCUCCGACUUGGCUUGAUUGCAUUCAGAGAUCAUCCCCCGCAGGAUCAUACCUAUAUCACAAAGAACUUUGGCUUUACUUCGGACAUUAGCAUCAUGCACGACAAUCUGAAAACGCUCUUUGCGUCCGGUGGAGGCGAUGGUCCAGAAGCCGUCACCGCGGCCCUGGGUGAAGCCCUCGACAUGGACUGGCGUCCUCACGCCGCCAAAAUGGUCGUCCUCAUCGCGGACGCGCCGCCUCAUGGAAUUGGAGAGUACGGUGACGGAUUUGAUGAUGGCUCCCCGGAUGGGAAAGACCCUCUGGGAAUUGCCAGAACAAUGGCUUCUAGGGGAAUCGUCUUGUUCUUCGUCGCCUGCGAACCUGCACUGAGCGGUUAUGCGUUUGCCAAUGAUUUUUAUCAUGCUAUCACUCAAAUUACAUCGGGGCUCAUGCUGCCGUUGACCACAGCAAACUUGCUGGCCCCAGCCAUUGUCGGAUCGGCAUUGGAGAAUAUGGACAUUGAACGUCUCAUUCGAGAAGUCGGCAUGGCUGUCGCCGAGCGUGUCCACGGGAACAAUGAGUCUGUCGACGACGUCGCGAAGGAGUUGCACGAAAAGCUCCUCCUACGAAACGAGUCGACGAAGAAAGUGGUCAUCGAGAACAUUUAUCGCGAACUACCAGAGGCUACCCAUAACGUUCAGGUUUGGAUCAAUGCUCCAAACAUUGCCGCGGCCAAGCCACUGCUGAGAAAGAUAAAGGGUACACGAUUCACGGACAAGUACCUCUCGGCCAAGUACCAACCCUCUCGAGCAGUCUCAUCGCCAUCGCCACCGCCGCUCUCCCCAGUCAAGCGUCGUACCCUCAACGACACAAAGGUAUUUGGUGGCGGGCCUGCUGGUACCGCCCCACAAAGCGUCUUCCACACUGCGGUCAAGGCGAACCCGUUCUCUUUGGCGGGUAACAAAGCCGCGUUUGGUGGUAUGCGAGGCGGAACGUCGCGGAAUAUCGACGAUGACGACGAAGAAGAGGAAGAAGAAGUCAAACGCGAAGCGAGCGUCUUCUCGUCUGGCGCGCAGAGUCUCGAGCUAAGAGAGGACUCUAUUACGUAUGACCAGGCGAGACGUAUAGCGAUGCAAAGCGCGUGGCGCACUGCGCGAGUAUGA